CCUGUAUGAAAAUAGCUUUCGGUUCAUCUUUUUUAAUAAUUCUUCGCUUAGGCUUUCCUUUAUAUCAUAUUUCCGUGCUAUUUCACACCUUCAUAUUUUUAUUUUUAGCUACCAAUAACAAAGAUGCAACACAGAAAACCUACUAUACACAAGCACAAAAGGAUAUCUUGUUUUUUGCUUUUAUCCAUGCUGAUAGCUUCUUCUUUCGGUCUGACUGCUGCCAGACAUUCACGCUUGGAUUUAUCAUAUAAUGCAAAGCAAGCUGCUGCAGUAGCAAACUCAACCUCUAGUAAAUUAGCUACUGAAGAUAAACAACAUGCAACAACAGCAUUAGGCAAAUACAAACCAGCUCAAAUAGCUCCAAAAGCAGAAACAGCAGCUAUGAUGGCUGCAAAAUUAGCACCGAAUGAUUUGAAAAAAUCUGAAGCCGGGGAAGGUAGUAAACUAGCUGAAGCUGAAUAUGUUCAGAGUGCUACUAUAAAGGAUACAAAAGCAGCAACGAGCGGAGAAAAAACUGUGAGGCUACCUUCUUCUCAGUUCAAUUCUUCCAAUGCUACAUUGAAAGACGAAUCACAUUUAUUACAAGAAACUAAGCUAUUGACAAAUUACGCUGUUGAUGACGAGGUGGAAUUUUUCGACAAUAGCCUCGAAGAAAAUCUGGAUAAUCAGGGAAAUGAUAUUCAGGUCUGUGAUGCUGAUUUUAUUGGUUUUGAAAUUACAACUGGUUAUGUAUUCUCUGCUCCCGGAAAAAUGUUGCACUCCUUGCCCGGCACACUCAUGCUAACUGAUUGCUUGGAUGCUUGUCGCAAAGAUCCUGCUUGUCAUGCUGUGAACUACGAGACCGGACUAUGCGUGCUCUUUUCGUCAAAUGCUGAUAAAUUACCAGGUGCCCUAGCCAAGUCGCAGUUCCCUGUCUUUACACUUUAUGCACAAAAAUUAUGUCUUAGAGUACGCCCUUGUGCACGUGCCUGGAGUAUUGAUCGCGCACAAGGUUAUAAACUUAAUGGUUAUGCAAAGCGAACGUACCCAGUAGUGUCACGAAAAUAUUGCUUGGAAUUAUGUUUAAGCGAGCAGGAGUUUACGUGCAGAUCGGCGAACUAUUAUCGCAACACAAAAAGUUGCGAGCUCUCCGAAAUGGAUCGCAUUACACUAACCGGCACCAGUGCAUUCCAACGCCAAGAUACUGUCGAUUAUCUGGAGAACAACUGCGUUGAUGAGCCGAAUAAGUUGUGCGAGUUCAAGCGCUUGCCCGGACGCAUCUUAAAAACGGUGGAUUCGGUGUUCCAGGAUAUUAGCAGCAUCGAUGAAUGUCGUGAUUUAUGCUUGAAUUCGCCAUAUAG